UCCAGACGCAGUCAACACGUCGACCCGGGAUGAUUCUGCAUCGUCGGUGCAUUGCAAAGGUUGCCAUGAUACAGCAUGAGGCAGGCUUUGACCUCGAGUCCAUCCUCACGGAUGAAAACUGCGUCAAGGCCAUAUUCGAGAAUCGGUAUAAUUACCUGACGGAUUCCGAUUAUAAUUUACCGGCUCUUCAUGAUGUACAGCAACGCUCGAGUCCUAACAGCUUCUUAGACCAAGGUCUCGAAGAUGCGGGUGAAUCGGGCUCCCAAGAAGGGAAUACACAGUUUAAUAACAAGGCCAACGCAAAUGCAGGCUUUGACCUCGAGUCCAUUCUCACGGAUGAAAACUGCGUCAGAGCCAUAUUCGGGACUCGGUAUAAUUACUUGACGGAUUCCGAUCACAAUUUAUCGGCUUUUCAUGAUGUACAGCAACGCUCGAGUCCUGACAGCUUCCAGGACCGUGCUGCAUAUGUUGAACUGAACUCUUUUCAUGCUGAAGUUCCAGGAUUCGACUAUUCAGGAUCAGGUUACCCAGUUGAACAAAUGAGAGAUAUAGGGCACAAUGAUUUAGACUAUGAUUCUAUAGCAAAGCAACAAGCUGAUGUCGAGAUCCACAAGAUCUACAGUACUUUUCCACCAGAUAUUGACAUGACAUUCGUGUUGAAUCUCUUACGAGAUCUCGAAGAUUCUGGCGAACCGGGCCCUCAAGAAGGGAAUACACAGCUUAAUAAGAUGGCCAACGAAAAAGCAGAUUCGAUACUGCCUCAGAUCCUCACGACUUGAACCACCAGACCGACGUUAAUGACAUUUCAACAAGAUUGCCAGAUACCCGAACGAGCAUGUUCAUUUUUUGUGUCCCUUUAUGGAUGAGUUUGAUUUCUACGUUAUGUACGAGAACGCCUUGACUUUUCGAGACUCGCGUUUAGGAGCCAUGAAUAUUACCUCUUUUACAGGCCAUUAAGGCCAUUAUGUUCGCUGUAAUGGGAGUAAUUGUCUUGACCAAAUAUUCGUUUCGCUCAUAGUUGGAAGAAGCGACUGCGCGGUUUGGCGACUAGCGUCUGUUCAUCACCACUCCUCGAUAAAACCUAUAACAUAGCUAUAGAUAGUAUUUUAGAUAGUAACGCAAAGCUAUGUAAACUAAUUCAAUGGAAGGGACUUCUCUCUCAAAUGUCUGCAACUGGCUUCUAGAAAAUCCCUCCAAGUCUGUGGCUGUCGCUAGUCGACGUUUUGGUGUUCAAGAAUCGACGAUC